GGCUCGGAUUCAUCGAGAGAGAGAGAGAGGGGAGUGCUGACGAGAAGUUCCCUAAAACAACAGAUUACCGUCUACAGACAUCGCAGCGUAGUGUAUGGUCGGAAACAGAUGGCUGUUAGGAUUGGAAUCGGAAGCGUGACCCACCAAACAGCCAUGGCUUCUCCUUCUCCCUCUCCUUCCACCUUCUCUAAGACUCUUCCUAGCCCCAACCGUGUAAUCCUGGUAACUGGAAGACGCUUUGCUCGGGUUGGCUCGGUCCGAACUCAUAGAGCUUCCACUUAUCUCCCAGUAAGAGCUUCAGUGUCCACAGAAGGCCUCCCCACCUCUUCGGCUGCAAGUAAGGGUGUUGAGAAUGUUGCAAUCAUAGGCUCAGGUCCUGCCGGAUAUACAGCAGCAAUCUAUGCGGCUCGUGCGAAUUUGAAGCCAGUGGUAUUUGAAGGUUACCAAGUAGGUGGUGUCCCAGGAGGCCAGUUAAUGACCACCACUGAAGUGGAGAACUUUCCUGGGUUUCCUGAUGGAAUAACUGGUCCGGAUUUGAUGGAUAAAAUGCGGCGGCAAGCAGAACGCUGGGGAGCAGAGCUUUUCCAAGAAGAUGUGGAAUAUAUUGAUGUGAAGAACAGUCCCUUUACCAUAAGGAGUAGUGAGCGUGAGGUAAAGUGCCACAGUGUUAUUUUUGCUACAGGAGCUGCUGCAAAAAGGCUCAGGUUACCUCGUGAAGAUGAAUUUUGGAGUCGAGGAAUUAGUGCUUGUGCAAUCUGUGAUGGGGCAUCACCACUUUUUAAAGGGCAAGUUCUUGCUGUUGUUGGUGGAGGUGAUACAGCUACAGAGGAAGCACUGUAUCUUACUAAAUAUGCCCGGCAUGUACAUUUACUUGUACGUAAGGACCAACUACGAGCAUCCAAGGCCAUGCAAGAUAGAGUUUUCAACAAUCCAAAUAUUACCUUGCACUUCAAUACAGAGGCUGUGGAUGUUGUUAGCAAUAGCAAAGGCCAGAUGUCUGGCAUUUUGCUCAGAAAGGUUGAUACAGGGGACGAGUUGGUCCUUGAGGCAAGGGGUUUGUUCUAUGGUAUAGGUCAUACUCCAAAUAGCCAGUUGCUGGAAGGCCAAGUUGAACUUGAUGGUGCAGGCUAUGUGUUGGUCAAGGAGGGCACUGCAAAAACAUCUGUUGAAGGUGUCUUUGCUGCUGGAGAUGUGCAGGAUCAUGAAUGGAGGCAAGCAAUAACAGCGGCUGGAUCGGGUUGUGUUGCUGCUUUAUCUGUUGAGAGAUAUCUUGCAAGCAAUGAUCUCCUUGUCGAGUUUCACCAGCCACACACUGAAGAGGUUAAGAAGGAGCUCACAGAAAGGGACAUACAUGAGGGUUUUGACAUUGCACUCACAAAGCACCGGGGCCAGUAUGCUUUGCGGAAAUUGUACCAUGAAAGUCCAAGGCUUAUAUGUGUGCUAUAUACAGCACCAACAUGUGGUCCAUGUAGGACUUUAAAGCCCAUUCUGGGAAAGGUAAUAGAUGAAUUUGAUCAGAAUGUACAUUUUGUUGAAAUUGACAUAGAGGAAGAUCCAGAAAUUGCAGAGGCAGCAGGAAUUAUGGGUACACCAUGUGUUCAGUUUUUUAAAAACAAGGAAAUGCUCAGGACUGUAUCAGGGGUAAAAAUGAAGAAAGAAUACAGAGAAUUCAUUGAGGCAAAUAAAUGAACGGAACUCAUUUUCUGAUUUUCUACUUGUGUCUAGUGCUCUUAUUUUUCUCAUCCGGUUUUGUUCCAUCCAAGCAUAUGAUUGGAAUAAAUCUGUAUUCCUGUAUUCUUGGGUGAACCCAUUAAAUUAUAUUAGUGAAGCUUACACUGUACAUCACAUUUCUUUAGUGCAUGAUUCCAAAAGCAGUUUUGAAAUUCCAAUCUUGAUGUUGCAUUCA